GACCCGCAGGCGACCAGGACGACCGGAGUUCUGGAGGCAUCUCGCAUCACACGAGUGAUCCUGUGAGAUGGAAAGGUAUAGGCGUCAUCCUGUUGAGCAGCGAGCAAAGUGCAUACGAACGAUUACGAAAGAACGAGCUUGUUGUAUUUUGUACAUUACGAUCACUUUCCACAACCGGCACUCUAUCCCAACUCGCAAAACGUCUCGCGGAUCAUGAUUUAAAACUUUAUUCAGCUUCUACGAUUGAUGAUUCGAUAACACCACUCCUACCGCCGCAGAGCAGCGCCCAAUCAGAAGCAAACUCGAAGCCACUACGGAGUCAGCAGCCAGAAAGCCUGACUCCUUCUAUCGCUCACCAAUUUCCGACCGAACUUGUAGCGGAAAUUGUUGACCAUUUAGGAGAUUGGGAACUAUCCAAGGCGGUCGGACUGCCCACGAGUUUACCAUGCCCAAGAGCAUGGGGACGGGCCACCAAACUUGACCUAGCUAUACUCUCCUGUCGGCUCAAAAAAGUCCAGGAGACAACGGGACAGUUCUAUAUGAUCUCUGCCAAAGCAGCAAUUCGGUUCGGCUCUGUUGACAUCAUCGAAUACCUCUCCGUCCACCACCGAGCCACUUUCGACAGAACCUUUGGCCAAAUUCUACCCCUAAAUGCAUCCUUGGAGGGGAGCGUUCCUGUGCUAAACUGGUGGAAGAAGGCUAUGUAUCAACCGGGAAACAAUGCCUCAUACGAUAGUCGAGCCAUGGAUGCGGCAUGUGUGGGUGGACAUGUUCAUAUCUUGCAAUGGUGGGUUGACUCGCAGUUGCCCCUUAAGUAUACAGAGGGGGCGCUGGAACACGCGAGUGCUCGGGGGCAUAUCGCGGUAUUGAACUGGUGGAAACAGUCCAAGUUACCCCUCAAGAUCGGGCGGGUGAUGGAAUUAGCCUCCGGGGCCGGAUAUGUCGACGUCCUCGAGUGGUGGCAUCGAUCGGGCCUUGACUUCAAAUAUGACAAGAUGACGCUGUACCAGGCAAGCUGUUCCGGGCGCGUCGAGGUACUCGAAUGGUGGGCGCAGAGUGGCUUACAGAUGAUGUACGACACAGAUGCGCUCGUAGCGGCCACCAAAAAUAACAAGCCAGAGGCGUUGGAGUGGUGGGACCGCUCGGGCUUGCCUAUCCAAUAUAAGCUGUGUGAUAUCGAGGAAGCAUUAGAAGAUGCCACUAUAGGGGGUGGAGCACUGGCGCGAGCGUGGUGGGAGAGGAAGGGGGUCGAUUUUAGGGCCAAUUUUACGGAAUGGACCAAAAGUCGGAGUUUACACUAG